CUUAUUCGGAGGAUCAGUUAGCAGGUAAGUAAAUGUGAAUGAGAUCAUUGACAUCAAGCAAAAUAAGAUUAAAGAAGGGCGGACAGAUGGUUCUCGAUGUUCAAUUUAGGUCAAGAAUAUCCUUUACCUUAUUAGACCCACCCUGGUGACAUCGAAUUACGUGUCGUUGAUUUCCUUUUAUGGUUAGGUAUCUGAAAGAAAUAGCAGCAGAAAAGAAGAAACGAUGACAGAACACGAAUAGCAUUGCAUCGUAACGAUCGUAGAACGUUUAUAUUCAGUUUUAACUCGUUUUCUGAAUGUAGUUUUGUUGUUACAUUUGUGUAAUAGGCAAUAUACAUUUAUAUAGAUAUAUAUACAUAUAUUGUGCUACAAACUUCAAGAUUUAUUGAUAUUUUUCUCUGUAUUGUUAUUUUUACCUAAUAUAAAAAUACAAUAUACAAUAUUUAAUAUAUAUUUUUUAAAAUUUUACGUAUACUUGUUGUAAUUACCAUUGUUCGUUACUUUAUCUUUUAAAAGGUGAAAUCUGAUUAUUUAAUAUAACUUAAAUAUAUGUAAAUACAUAUUUAAACUACACAAUGUACGGUUGUAGUUAUCAAGAGCUAACAAACAGAAUGAUGUCAUCAAUUGAGGAAUUUCAAGAGGCAUUUCAACUGUUUGAUAGUCGAGGAGAUGGAAAAAUUCAUGUAGCUCAAAUUGGUGAUGCGUUGCGUGCUCUAGGGCAAAAUCCAACUGAAUCAGAUGUCAAGAAAUUUACCCAUCAGCACAAACCUGAUGAACGCAUUAGUUUUGAAGUGUUUCUACCAAUUUAUCAAGCUAUAAGCAAAUCUCGUACGUCUGAUACUGCUGAUGAUUUUAUAGAAGGGUUACGUCAUUUUGACAAAGAUGGAAAUGGUUUCAUUUCUUCUGCUGAACUGAGACAUCUUCUAACUACAUUGGGUGAGAAACUCAGUGAUGAAGAAGUUGAAACUUUACUGGCUGGUCAUGAAGAUUCACAGGGUAACAUUAAUUAUGAAGAUUUUGUUCGACAAGUGAUGUGUGGUUAAAUUUCUAUUUUAUUAGAUACAAAUAAUUACCAAUCAGAAAAAUUUGUAUCUGUCAUAAAGUAUCUUACAAGCAUUUAAUUUUUUUGAUUUAUUUGUAUUUUGUUACUAUUCAAUACUAUUUAAAUUUAUAUAUAAUAGAUAUCCCAAUAUGAUGCUUUUAUUAGAAGUGUAG